AUGGACGGACCCGUGGACGCAGCCUUCACCAAGGCUCUGCCCAAGGCCGAGCUACACGCCCAUCUCACCGGUAGCAUCAGCCCCCAAUGCCUCCACAACAUCUGGAAACAAAACCGCGAAAGCGCCGGUGACCUGGAGGACCCGCUGGUAGCUUGUCGACCGGAAGGUCAAUACCACGACAUUUUCACUUUCUUCAAGGUCUUUGACACGUACAUCUAUGGUCUCGUGAACGAUCGGGAGGCUGUAGCGUUUGCUACUAGGCAGGUGCUUCAAGACUUCGCAGAAGACGGUGUGUGCUACCUGGAGCUUCGCACCACUCCUCGUGAGUCAUUGGUCAGUGGGUUGACCAAGGAGACAUACGUCGAGACCGUGCUGGACGUAAUCGCCGAGAACAACUCCAAAGGUCAGAUGUCAACCUACUUGAUUCUCUCCAUCGAUCGCAGAAACAAUGUCCAGCAGGCAAUGCAGGUUGCCGAUCUCGCCCUGAAGUAUCGGUCUCGUGGCGUUGUCGGAAUUGAUCUCUGCGGCAAUCCGCUAAAGGGCGACGUGGGCAUCUUCAGAGAAGCUUUCGAUCUCGCCAGAAGUCACGAUCUGAAGAUUACCCUCCAUUUCGCUGAAAUGCCCGAGUCAAGCAGCCAUGUAGAGCUGAUGACUCUGCUCUCGUACCGGCCCGACCGAAUCGGACAUGUGAUUAACGUCCCGUCCGACAUCGAAGCAGAGAUUGAGCGGCGUAACAUUGGCCUCGAACUCUGUCUUUCUUGCAAUGUUCAUGCCAAGAUGAUCUCAGGCGGCUUCGCUAACCAUCACUUUGGCAAGUGGUAUCACACCCGAUGUCCCCUUGCACUCUGCACCGAUGAUGUAGGGAUUUUUGGAAGCUCGAUAUCGAACGAGUACUUGCUCGCUGCACAACACUUCAAUUUGGCAAAGCAAGACUUGAUCGAGUUGUCUCGAAGAGCGAUCACGUCGACAUUCGGCCCCGCUGAGGCAAGGACCAGAUUCCUUCAGCUGCUAGACGACGCAUCUUGCAUAUAG